AUGUUUUUGUUGAAGCCAGGGAGACGAUCGGCUGAAACAUUAUACUCACAUCGCGAGCCUCAAACUUUUGUAUAUUUCUUUAAUUUAUUCCUAAACACUUAUACUCUAGAGGCGCACAAAGGCAGCAGCGCGGCUUCUGCUGAAAGAAAGGAGAAGCUCGCACGAGGAGUUGGAGGCGGCGAGGCUUCUUCUGCUCGUCCGGCUGCGGGGUGUGAAGGGGGACAAGAAACGGGUCCGCUUGGAGCGAUGCAAGCAGCAGUAGCGACGAGUCUAGAUCUUCGGUGGGUUUGCUCGACGGAAGAAGUGGAAGGUGCGAGGGGCUCGAUCAGUGGAAAGGGAGGGUUCCGGUGUGGCCGAAGAGAAGGAAAAAGGGAAAAGGCUUCGGUCUCGGUGGUGAUCAACGAGCAAUAUGGAGAGGGACAGCCUUCCUCCGGCGAUUUGCAGGGAAAUCGAUGGGUGUUUGUUCUUGUGUUCUUGACUGGAACUGAUGCAGCAUCAAAGGAAACAUGGAGGCGUUUGGGUUUGUUUCAUUUGACAGUUCACGAAGAAGAAGAGUUCAGUAAACGGAAUGGCUUCAAUGGAAGGACAGCAGAAACUUGGCGUGUGGUUUUGUUUAGGAUGAAGCUUGGAAGUAAUGAGUGA